AUGUUUGCUGACGUGCAUGACAGAGAGCGGCGAGAACACCGCGUCUUUGAGCAACUAUUAGACUCAUAUCCUGGCCUUCUGGAACGACUGAAAGGUGGAUCUGAAGAAGAAAUCCUUCACGUUGGAGAGCUGAUCGGUAAAGGAGCCGCAGGCGCCAGAGGCGACGACACAAAGACCUUGAAGUCUGCGGUCCUUGACUGGAUUUCUCCGAAAGGAGAACCUAUACAACCUCCUUUACACAGAAACUCCAAGAUUGACCGCGGUUUCAAUCACGAACUCACGGGUUCUCUCCUCUGUCCUGCUGGGUUGGACUGGAACCACCCUGAGACUCCUGUCGAGGGCACCGUCCACACCUCCGUAUUUGCUUAUUCUAUUCGCAGUUUCUCAAAUUGCUGCUGCUUGCCUUUACUAGUUUUCAUUGACGGAUUAUGA